UAGGAGGCACGGGUGAAGCACCACCCUUUGCAGGCUACCACGGGUUGGCGCUGGCGCUGGGCGUGGCGGGCGGCAGCUUCGAAUCGCCGUUUCACCGGGAGCGCGCUGCUGCCCAGCUGCCGCUGCAGAUCCUGCUCCGCGACCCGCUCCGUCCGGCCAUGGGGAACGCCGAGUCCGUCCCGAGCAGCGCCGCCGGCACCGACACAAGCCACCAGACCCGCGCCGUCUCCAGCCGCCCCUACUACAGCUUGCCCAACAGCAGCCAUGAGAGACGCUCGGUCCUUGCUAUCACGGAGCCGCCGCGGUUCCACUCCCAGGCCAAAGGCAAGAACGUGCGUCUGGACGCUCACUCCCGCAAGGCCACGCGGAGGAACAGUUUCUGCAACGGGGUCACCUUCACCAACCGGCCCAUCCACCUCUAUGAGAAAGUCAGGCUGAAGCUGGUGGCUGUGCACCACGGCUGGAGUGGGGCUCUACGCUUCGGAUUCACCAUUCACGACCCGUCGCAGAUGAGCUCUGAUGAGAUACCAAAGUAUGCCUGUCCGGACCUAGUGACACGGCCUGGAUACUGGGCCAAAGCUUUGCCAGAGAGGUUUGCUGUCAGAGACAAUAUCUUGGCCUUCUGGGUUGACCGUCACGGGCGAGUUUUCUACAGUAUUAACGACGAGGAGCCAAUAUUGUUUCACUGUGGUAUUAAAGUUUCCGGUCCUCUCUGGGCACUCAUAGACGUCUAUGGAAUCACCCAUGAAGUGCAGAUACUAGACAGCAUGUUUGCAGAGACCAUGACCAGUGCCCGGCUCAGCACUGCCCGGCUCAGCACUUGCCUUCCGCAGAGCAACCACGAUUCAGCCAACUUCAAUAACAACGAGCUGGAGAACAACCAAGUGGUGGCCAAAAUUGCAAACCUAAACCUGAGUCGGGUACCAGGAUUUGGGACAGACAACCACAUCAUCCCCUGUUGCCCAAGCCGACGGCAGCGUGCCCAGGGGGUCCCAGCCUUCCUGGACACAGACCUGCGAUUCCACCCCACCCGCGGGCCUGACGUCACCUUUUCUCAGGACCGAAUGGUUGCGUGCACCAACUGGCAGGAAAGCAACAGGACCUUGGUGUUUUCUGACCGGCCUUUGCACGUUGGUGAGAGCCUGUUUGUGGAAGUGGGACACCUUGGGUUGCCCUACUACGGGGCUCUUUCUUUUGGCAUCACCUCCUGUGAUCCGAGUACGUUACGGACAAACGAGCUGCCGGCAGAUCCAGACUUCCUGCUGGACCGCAAGGAGUACUGGGUGGUUUACCGAGCGUUCCCCGUCCUCAGCAACGGUGACAUCCUCAGUUUCAUGGUCUUGCCCAAUGGAGAGGUGCACCACGGGGUGAACGGAGUCAGCCGAGGAAUGCUGAUGUGUGUGGACACCUCACAGUCUCUCUGGGUGUUUUUUACAAUCCAUGGUGUAAUCAACCAGCUCAAAAUAUUGGGCACUGUGCAGUCCAGCCCAGUGACCGUCUCUCCCUCAGGAUCCCCUGGUGGCUCGCAGUAUGACAGUGACUCGGACAUGGCCUUCAGUGUCAACAGGUCAUCGUCUGCUUCAGAGUCAUCACUUGUGACUGCUCCCAGCUCCCCCCUGAGCCCUCCCAUCUCUCCUGUCUUCCCCCCUCCAGAGCCAUCAAGCAGCAAGAACGGGGAAUGCACCGUUUGCUUUGACAGCGAGGUGGACACGGUGAUCUACACCUGCGGACACAUGUGCCUCUGCAACACCUGUGGUCUUAAGCUGAAGAAGCAGCUCAACGCCUGCUGCCCAAUCUGCCGACGGGUCAUCAAAGAUGUUAUUAAAAUAUACCGCCCUUAGCGCCGCCCGGGGCUGCGGGAAGGGGAGCGCCGCUAGCAGUAACCAUGCCUUUCCGUCCCUGCUUAUGGGUUAUCGUGCUGGUCAGUCGUUAUCCAGUGGCUCGUUAUCUGUGUUUCCUUAUUUGACUGGUAGGGCACAAUUCAGGGAUAAAACUGAGCUGAGGAUCGCGGGGGGCCCACAGGCACGGCUGCCGUGUGCCCACGGGUGAACUCGGGAACCGCAGGCUGGACCUGACCCAGCUGCAGACGAGAAAUUUCCCGUGCAAAGGCUCUUUUUUUCCCCUCCUCCUCCUAGAGGAGGGGGCUCGCUGUGGUGCGGAUCAGGAAGGGGAGGUUGCCACUUGGCCAAUGCUGGGUGCCACUGGGCUUCCCCAGACCUGAAACCCCAAUGGCUCUGGGCUGCUGCUGGAUACUUGCACUGUGGUAGAACAAAAUUAGGACAAGGCCCAAUGGGAGGGUUCAAAAUGGCAAAGGCGAUCUGGAAAUGUCAUGUUAAUCCAUGUAAGGGGAGCUAGCUAAGGCCAAAAUAGUAGCAUAGCCAGAUUCCCACUUGUUUGUGUUUUGUCCACCCUGAACAGGCUUCUGGGGCAGAUGGAGAAGCUGGUCUGGACAGCAGCUUUUGCUUUUUGUGACAGAGCAAGGACUUCUGGCUGUGCAGACUGAGACCUGGGUAGCAGAGUGGAUCAUGAGCUCGCUAGGAGCCCCAGCAACCAGCUGCUGCAGCAGCAGUGAUGGAGCAGCAGCAGUGAUGCAGCAGCAGCAGCAGUGGGGCUCUUCAGGUGCUGCCGGUCUGGCCAGCUGCUGAAGCCAUAAAUUGCAGCCUGUGGAUGGGUGAGGGGUUUGGAUGGGCACACUGCAGCCCUGGCUUACAAAAAGCACGGAGCUGCGGCUGCCUGCAGUGCCGGUGUUUGUCCCCUUCAGGCACACACCCUGCGUUUUGCUC